AUGGAGACUCUGCAUCCACUUCUCUCUCACGUGCCCACUUCUGACCACCGGUUCGUAGUUCAAGAGAUGAUGAGCUUGCAAAGCUCGAGCUGGACUAAAGAAGAGAACAAGAAGUUCGAGCGAGCACUCGCUGUGUACACUGAUGACACGCCUGACCGCUGGUACAAAGUUGCUGCUAUGAUCCCUGGCAAAACCAUCUCGGAUGUCAUGAGGCAAUACUCCAAGCUUGAAGAAGACCUCUUCGACAUCGAAGCAGGACUUGUCCCGCUCCCGGGUUACCCUUCGGCUACUCCAUGUGGCUUCGAUCAGCUCGUGGGUCCUCGUGACUUUGAUUUGUAUCACAAACAGCCUAAUGGAUCCAGAGGAUUUGAUCAAGAGCGGAGGAAAGGAGUUCCCUGGACGGAGGAAGAACACAGACGAUUCUUGUUAGGCCUGCUCAAGCAUGGGAAAGGAGACUGGAGAAACAUAUCGAGGAACUUUGUGGGAUCGAAAACACCAACUCAGGUUGCAAGCCAUGCCCAGAAAUACUAUCAGAGACAGCUCUCUGGCGCAAAAGACAAACGCAGACCUAGCAUUCACGACAUCACCACCGUCAAUAUUCUCAACAAAAAUCCCAACCGUCCGUCGUCUUAUCAUGACUGCUUCCUCCAACAACCGGUGGAGCCGAAACCAGGGCUCACCGACAAGGAUAAUGCAGAGGAGGGAGUGAUGUUUCUUGGUCAGAAUCUUUCCUCGGUCUUGUAUCCGUACGAUCCUGCCGUUAAGUUCGCUGGUGCAAAUGUUUAUGGCGACGGAGCUUACUGUAUCACCAGAUCCCGAAACUCAGCGUUCUAA